AUGGUUGCAACAACAAUGAAAUAUCUUUUAUUAUUUUACAUCUGUGCUUCCCUAUUUAUGGCGGUAAACGCCUGGAGCGCCGAAAAAAUACGUGAUUUGGUAAAUGCUGAACGUUCUAAAGCAGGUCUUCAACCGGUUGAAUUGGAUGCACGUCUCAAUAAGGCCAUUAAAGUACAAGUUGAUUAUUGUGUUAGUACAAAUUCACUUACACAUGAUAAUCCACAGGCGGGUCCUCUUGGUGAUAGAAUUACAGCUCAAGGUUAUCGUUGGUCAACUUGUGGUGAAAAUCUUGCUUCUGGAUUCAGUACCGAAGAAGCAGUUAUGAAUGCGUGGAUGACUUCAGCGGGACAUCGAGCAAAUAUUAUGAAUGGAAAAUUUAAACAUAUGGGAGUCUAUUCCUCACAAACUACUUGGGGUCAAGAUUUUGGGGCAUUGCUUGAUAAUGGACCUGCUGUACCACCUUCCGGUUCCAAUCCUCCUGCCACCACCUCAAACUCUGCCACCACCAGUAGAUCUUCCACCACCACCAGUAGACCUGCCACCACCUCAAACUCUGCCACCACUAGUAGAUCUUCCACCACCACCAGUAGACCUGCCACCACCUCAACCACUAGCAGAUCUUCCACCACCAGUAGUAGACCUUCCACUACUGCAAACGCUGCCACCACCACCACCAGUAGUAGAUCUUCCACUACCGCAAACGCUGCCACCACCACCACCACAAAACCCACAACUGUUACUAGUAGGUUUACUACUGUCACCGUUAGGCAAUCUACUAGGAGGCAUACUCAUACUUAUAACAGGAAUAGGAAUUCUACCAAGAAGGUUAUUAGAGUCAAAACCAAAACAAGGGCUAGUGGAUGUCCUACUUCAGCUUAA